UGUAAUAGGAGUAUGAUUUGGAACAGAAGAUUGAUCUGGAGAUCAAGAUGAGAGAGGGGACGACCAAACUGUUGGCCGCCUGUAAGCACUCAAACCAGACACUGGAAGCGUCCAAAUCGUUGCUCACAUCCAAUGAACGAAUGGUCGCUUAUACGAGUGAAUUGCAGAGAAGGAGAGCUAAUGAAAGAACCGAAAGACAUUCAAACAAAGAUGAGAUGAAAAUUCGUGAUCUCAAAGACACCCAAUUCUGA